AUGAUCGCCUGUCCGCUUGGCGAAGUGCCAGAUAACAGAGCAACAAUGACCAACAAGUUACUAAAACUACUCUUUCUCCUUCCCCCUCUCUCCCUCCCCAUCUCUCUCUCUCUCUCUCUCUCUCAUUUUCCUCUUUCCUCAUCAUUCACUCUCAAUAUCUCCCUCUUUCUCUCUAAUUUUCUCUUUCCUCAUCAUGACUCUCUUUUUAUUCCUCUUUAUAACCCUCUCUCUAUUUCACUCUCUAUAUGUCACCCUCUCUGUCUAUUUUUCUCUUUCCUCAUCAGGAACUUUUUUUCCCUCCUCUUUGUAACCAUUACUUCAUUUCCCUAUCUAAAUCGGCCUCUCUCACUAUUUUUCUUUCCUCAUCAGUGCCUCUCUUUCCUUCUUCUUUUUAACCUUUUUUCUAUUUCACUCUCUAUAUCUCCCCCUCUCUCUUUAUCUUUCUAUUUCCUCAUCAGUGGCUCUCUUUCCAUCCUCUUCAUAACCCUCUCUUUUCAUCCUCUUUAUAACCCUCUCUCUAGUUCACUCUCAUGGCUCUCUUUCCUUUCUCUUUAUAACCCUCUCUCUAGUUCACUCUCAAUAUCUCCCUCUUUCUCUCUAAUUUUCUCUUUCCUCAUCAGUGAUUCUCUCUUUAUAACCUUUUUUCUAUUUCGCUCUCUAUAUCCCUCCCUCUCUCUUUAUCUUUCUAUUUCCUCAUCAUGGCUCUCUUUCCUUUCUCUUUAUAAACCUCUCUCUAGUUCACUCUCAAUAUCUCCCUCUUUCUCUCUAAUUUUCUCUUUCCUCAUCAUUGAUAACAUGAUUUACUUAUCUAUCUAUCUAUCUAUCUAUCUAUCUAUCUAUCUAUCUAUCUAUGUUACUCGGUGUCUCUAA